UUCUCUCUUCUCCUUGUGUGUGCGACUCUCCACCGUUUGCCUUGAGAACACUCAAAGCAGCGAUCCCCCCCGAUCUGCCGACGGCAGAGCAUUGACAUCGAGAUCUGCACGCGUGCCGUCUUGGUCACGUCGGAUCAAAUUCUCUCCCCGUGGCGGUUGGAAGUGCCGGCAGCUUUAGCAUAAAAUGGCUGAAGGCUCUGGAACGAAUUCGUCCCAGUAUAAUAACCCGAUCCCCGUGGCAGAUUUCGAUCCAGACGUCGAUGAUUCGGCCUACGGCGACGACGACGUCCUAAGCGACACCACCUCGAUCCCUUCGACCAUCUUUCGUCAUCGCUAUGAGAAUGGCCGCAGAUACCACAAGUUUCGCGAGGGAGAGUAUUAUGCACCCAACGACGAUCAACAAAAUGAUCAACUUGAUAUCGCCCACCACAUGUUCAUGAUUCUUCUGGACAACAGACUGUAUCUUGCGCCAGUAGAAAAUCCCAAGAAAGUUCUAGAUCUUGGCUGUGGCACUGGUAUAUGGGCAAUUGAUUUUGCCGACGAGCAUCCCGAGGCGGAGGUCAUUGGAGUCGACCUCUCUCCAAUCCAGCCUCAAUUUGCUCCACCAAAUUGCAAGUUCGAAAUUGACGACGUUACUUCUGAGUGGACGUACUCACCAGAAAGCUUCGACUUCAUUCACAUCCGCACCCUUUAUGGAAGUAUUGCCGAUUGGCCAAAGCUUUACAGCGAAAUAUAUGACCACUUAGAACCCGGCGGAUGGAUUAAUCAGCUUGAACUUACUAUUCAGUUCAAAUCGGACGAUGGGACACUGACUCCGGACCACAUUUUUUCUCAGUGGUCUGAUAUCUUUCAUGAGGCUGGCGAAAAGUUCGGUAAGUCGUUCAAGGCCGUCCAUGACCUAAAACGCUGGAUUGGUGAGACUGGGUUUGAGGAUGUCCAUGAGGUAUGGUAUAAGUUACCCGUAGGCCCAUGGAGUAGCGAUCCCAAAAUGAAAGAGGUCGGGAGAUGGAAUUUCCUGCAUUGUAACCAAGGGGCUGAGGGCUGGGCAUUAUUCCUCCUGACCCGUGUCAUGAAGUGGACGGCCGACGAAGCUAAGGUAUUUAUUGCCAAGUUUCGACAAGCGUUGAGGGACCGCAGUGUACACACAUACUUCGAAGCUGUUGUGAUUUAUGGUCGGAAGCCUUUAGCGAAGAAUGUCUAAUAAAUCACCUGCCACUCACCAGUCUACUAGCCAGGCAUCACAGUGAGAUCUACCAGAUCUCUUGGUAUACUAAAAGUUCUUUGCUCUUUCCUAUUUAUAGGGUAUGUCUAAGGGGGAGAUUCUGCCAUUCUGGGGGAGAAAAUUGCAAUAAAUAUAUCCG